AUGACCACCGCUGCGAGCAAGUCAGGCUACACCGUAGCUGAUCUGGCCAGGGAGUUUGCCGGGGAGUUCACGAAGGAGGAAAUUCAGCAGCAUCUGCAAGGAACGACGGCGCCUUCUCAGCCAUCUGCAAAGGUUUCUCCAUGCGUGUUCGUUGCUGGACUUUGCUGGGCAACUACAAGCGACAGGCUGUACGACUUCUUUGGAAGUUGCGGUGCUGUUGUGUCAGCAGACGUCUCCAUGGACCGCGGUACAGGUCGUUCACGAGGCUUCGGCAAGGUGACGUUCGCCUCCCUGGAAGCUGCCGAUAAAGCACUGCUGCUGCAUGAUGCCAUGCUAGACGGGCGGCCUAUUGUCGUGCGCCCCUUCCAUGAGCUCCCGCCUCGGGAUGGCCUUAGAGGAGCUGGCCAUGAAGCGCCAUCUUUUGAGGUGUUGGUGGACAGCAUCAGCUGGCACACAAACGAGACCAGCCUCAGGAAGCACUUCGAGGAUUGUGGGGAAAUCAUAUCGUGUGCAGUGUUCUAUGACCGCAAGACCGGGCAGCACAAGGGCGUUGGCAAGCUUUCUUUCGCCUGCGAAAUCGCUGCCCAACGUGCUGUGCAGAGGCAUCUUUCAGACCUUGAUGGUUGGACGAUUUCCGUCAGGCCUGGCCGGACCUUUCGAGCCAAAGCAGCUGCAGAGCGGAAGAAGUAUGGCAGUGAGGCCCCCGAUCAUUCCGCAGGUACGAGCUCUUUCCCAGCCGUGGUGGACAUCCCGAAGAGAGUUCCGCCGACGUGUCUUCUGGAUUGGCUGGCUGAGCUUGAUCCUGCUGGCUUUCUGUUGUGCUACUUGCCCACCUUGCUGACGAUGGGCCAUAGAACUCCCCAAGACAUUGUCCACAGGUGCCUUGCAGAAGUGGGCGGGGCAUGCUCCCAAUCUGGGCCAUGA